CGGCGAAAUCCCCAAUCGGAGAAGAGCUCAACCCGCCAACAUCGAAUACUGCGUCCCGCAGUUGCAAAUAGUGUUUUCUCUUGGUUUCAGUAAAGUGCCAAACUUUGAUGUGGGAUUCAUGGCUGAAGGGCGGCGAUCAGCAAGGUCCCACAAGCCGGUGAACUACGCGAAGCUGGACAUUGGCAGCGAUGAAGAUGACGACUUCAGAUCAGCCGAAGCUGCGAACAGCAAGCGCACCAAACAGAAGGACAAAGAAGGCAUACCCCCGAAGGACUGCCGCAAGAAAGAGACGGAAAAACUGUCCGCCAAGGAUGUCGACAGCACACUUGCGGCCGGAGGUGAAAUUGACUCGAAACCAAGGAGGCUUUCUCUGGAUGAGAAGCUGUUUGACCGUGAUCUCAAGGCUGCCCUAACGCUGUCGCAAAUGGAAGCCACAUCUCGGACAUCAGCAGGGGUGCUUCACUUGGAGACUGACUGCGUUGUUGCUACCGAGAAUUUGGAGGUGGCCGGAGAGGUGGAGGUGGAGAGCAGCUGUGAUGCAGGGGCCUCCGUCGUGCCAGGCAUGGACCAAGUAUUGCCUAGUGGGCAAGAGUUGGAAUCAACGCCGCCUCCAGACACAGCUGGGGACCUUGAGAGCACGGAAGCAUCGGAUAGCUCGGAGGAAGAGUUCUGCAGCCCUCGCUCCAAGCGCAGAAAGUGCUCUACCAAGCAAGGUGCCACCACAGCAGGGAGAAAUACGCCAAGCCGACCUGCCCGCUCAGUGCCCGACGUCAAAACCGCCUCAAGCCCAGCGACUUUGAAGCAGCAUCCCACACGAGCCACCAUCAAGCCCAAUCCAGCAGAAGCCGCCGUCAAUCCGCCUUCCGCACCAGCCACUUUCAAGCCACUUUCAACGCCAGGGGCUUGCAAGCCGCUUCCAACACCAGCUGCUUGCAAGUUGCAGCCAACAUCAGCCACUAACAAGCCACUUCCAACACCAGCUGCUUGCAAGCCGCAGCCAACACUGGCCACGAUUGCUGCGACGGAGGGCAGGCGCCACUCCCCGUCGCUCCCUGCAGCAAGUAUCCACAAAAACGUUCCGAGGAGUGUGCCCACGAGUUCUGGCAACAGGGUUGGCACUGGCACAAGCAGCAUUCGGCUCGGCCUUUCUAGGAAAGGGCUCAAGGAACCACUUCAUCGGGUUGUAAAAGUGGUGCCUUGACCCCACAGGUUCCCCGGGCAAAGCAUUGUCUUACAUGGACCAGCCUCUGCAUGAGAAAACUACUACGAAUGAGGUACGCAUAAUUUAGAGAUUUAUUGUAAGUAUACAGUGAAGUGCUUCAGGGUGCUGUUAUGUGAUUGAGUACAAAGACCCACAGAGAUGCUGGUUCUGUAUUUAUGGAGUUAGGGCAGUUUAGAUCUUUCUCUUACUGCUAUUUUAUCCUGCAUACGACAUCUGCCUGAUUAAAUAAAGUGAUGUCUAUCC